AUGGUCCACAGUUUGUUGUUGAGGAAGGCUGAUCCAAAGACAGUUUCCCAAGUGAACGGGAUAAAAUUCAUUAUUGGCAAUAAGGUGAUCCAAUUCACGGCGCAUCAAUUUUGCGUCGUGACAGGGCUAAGGUUUGGAAACCUUCCUUUCAUUCCGAUUGCCACUAAUGAGAACUGCUCAUUGAAAAGGAAGUACUUUUGCAAUGAUAAAAUUGUCAACCUUUUGGAAAUAGAAAAAGCCUUCGUCGAUUGUUCUGAUGAGGACAAUGUAUUCAAGCUUGGAUUGGUAUACUUUGUUGUUUUUGUGUUGUUGGGUUGUGAAAAACAUGUCCACAUUGACAUGCGGUAUUUGAAGUUGGCGGAAGACGUUGAAGAGUUUGUGAAGUAUCCAUGGGGUUCUGUGUCUUAUGCGAAGACAAAUGCAUCACUUUUGAGGGCACUUUGUGCUGAUUACCAACGAGUACAAGUGCCCAAAAAUGCUGCCAAAACAAAAAAGUCUAAAAAGAAAGAAAAGACAAUGGCAACUGGUAGACCAAGAGAGUACCACAUCAAAGGUUUUGCCUUUGCACUUCAGAUUUGGGCUUAUGAGGUCUUUCCAGCAUUGGCUGCACUGCAUUUCGUUGUGCACGAAGAGAAUGCCUACAUCCCUCGUAUACUACAUUGGAGGAGCAAUACUUCGGGUCGUUUUCAUGAGCUAAUGAGCCAAGUAUUCGAGAACCGUGAGGUUGAUGUGCAACUUCUCCGGCCAACUGUAAUUGACAAGCAGCAGCCCUAUUGGACUUGGGGUGACAAUGUUGACGAGACUGAAGAAAUUGGUAAAGUCCCGUCCACUGAGUUGCGCACUUUGAAGCGUGACUUUUAA